AUGUUGUAUAGCUCCUCAACUUUCCAUUGGGUUUUUUUCAAACCCUUUGCCACGGGCGGAGUCUUAUCGUAUCUCCAAUGGAUUUUGAUAGCAUCAAUUAUUCGCAUCCCAGAAGUUGUCGUUAAGGGAGUCAUUGCUGUCGGACAUGGUCUCAUCCUCAAAUUUGCUCUGAAUAUGGGCUGCCAACGCUUCAGACAGUACUGUGCACCCGUUGUUUUUAAAACGCUCGACUAA